AUGUCAGUUCCAUUGCGUCAAUUUCAGCUUGAGCGCUACUUUGCUGCAGGAAUGGUGCCGCUUAUUCCGGCCGCCUACUUCAUUCAUGGUCCCGUCAUGGAUGCUUUGCUUACUGUGGCUCUUACCCUACACAUUCAUUGGGGGGUGCAGGGAGUGAUCCAAGAUUACGCACGCCCCUUUGUGAUUGGUGAUGUAGCUGCUAAGGCUGCUCGUGCUGGAGUGUACGUCAUAACUGCGACGCUUUUGGCUGGUCUUCUCCACUUCAACACCAACGACGUUGGUAUCACGAAGGCUUUCGAAUUGGUGUUCUCUCUGUAA